CCUUUCUGUUCCGGGGGGUGGGCUGUGUGGGGACAGGAGGGGCACCUGAGCCCUGGUGGCGUUGCAGCCCACCAAGGGCUGGAGAGCUGGUGGGGUUGGUGGGUGGGGGCUAGUGGAUGGCACAUGGGGGUCAGGGGUCGUCCAGGGUUUGGUGAGCUGUCGGUGAGCCCGCGAUAAGGGUUUUCCUAAGACAAUGACUGCAUGUCCUUGACACAUAACAGCACCGCCAUGCUGUGUCCCACUGGACCCGACCCCUGCCCCACGUGCACCCCUCAUCCCGCCAGCAGUCCUGAGAAACCAGAGUCCAGGACCACCUGGUGCCACCCAUUUGCCGGGCCUGUGUUCUUCCUCUGCUGACCUGCCCCCAGUGGAUCCCUCUCCCGUGGUGAUAAGGGCUGACUGUGUCUCCCCAAGAAGGUGGCCCAUUUGAGAGGGUGGCUUGUGAGCCGCCGAACAGCCAUGGGGACGGGGGACUGAGACAGAUGGCAGAGCAGGAGUGAGCUCAGGUGAAGGGCAGUGGGACUUCUGUCCCUGCUGUCCCGUUUGGGGAGAUUGUAGUACAGAUUGUGGGGGUGGGUGGAGGGGAGAGAGGCAGCCUCCCCAUCCAGAGAAGGACAUGUCUGGGGGCACUGGAAGCUCGCCAGAAGUGUUUUUCGGGCUGACCAGGGAGGACGUAGGUCAAGGGUGCUGCACGUGGCAGCCGAGGCAGCCCUGCGCCCCACCGUACUCUUCUGGAGCACUGUGGGCCCUCCUUCCACUUCCUUUAAAUAAAGACGCGGAGGGAGCUAGUAGCUUCGACCUGGGUUUACUCUCCCGGAAGGCUCCCUUCCCGUCCCGCACGAGACAAGGAAUACCGAGCGCAGCAGCAGCGGUGAAUUUCGGUGUGAGCUCUCGGGCCUGUUCCUCUUACUUCCUUCAGCACGAGAAUACCUUAGCUCCCAAAACCUCGUGUCCCCGCACUCAUCCAUCUUGCAGAAUAGGCUAGCCACCACUUCUCAGUAGGGGAGUCCCCAGUAGUCCUGAGCGCCUGGUUGUAGUGGCCCAUCCUUACUCGCAUGCAGAAGGAGCGCAGCCAUCUCUCUCUUCCUGCCUCAGUUGUUCGCUGGGCUCUUGGCUGAGCUGCUCCAGCAGGCCCAUUGUGAGUACUUGCGGGGGUCCCAAGGGGCGUGCUUGCAGGGGCUGAGGGCUGGAGGGAACAGGAUGGCCCAGGGCUUGUCUGGGGGAGCGCCUGGGUCUGAGACCGGGCCCGUGGCACCGGAGAGACGGAGGCCCCGCGCUGUGCUUCUGGCGCAGGACCCCGGCCUGCUCCACAUUCGCGCUCCCCUGCUCCCCUGCUCCCCAGGCGCGCACAUGCGCGCUGUCCUUCUGUCUCCUCUCCCCUCACCUGUCUUGGCCAGCCUCUGCCUCACCUUCCCUCUAGAACUGGGUCUGCCCUCCCUGCAGAGUCCUGUCCUCCCGCUUGGCUCCCGUGCAGCCUCGCAGUACACAUCGGGCCUCACACCCCUUCCCGCUUUCCAUGUGCACACACCCUGCACUGGGCUGCGAACCCGCCGGCAGUCAGCGCAUGAUGCCCUGACUGAGGUGGGCUAGACAGGCCUGGCCGCCCGCUGAUUUUUGUAAAUAAAGUUUUAUUGGAACACAGCCCCUUGUUUUUAUAUUGUCUGUGGCAGCUUCCACCUACAAGGGCAGCAUUAAGUAGGUAUGGCAGGCAUCACAGGGCGCAUGAGCCAAAUGUAGUUACCACCUGCCUGAGGAAAGUUAGCUCCCUGCAGCUCCUGUCCUGGUGUCUGCAGGCCUGUCACACCCCGCCCCUGCCACAGCCACACACUCCCCACGGGCGCUGCCUGUGCCAUCCUUUGUUUCCCAUUAUUUCUCUGUUGUUAUUCUGCUUUUAGGGCUAUUCUUUUUCACCACUCAUGUAUUUUAGUUUGUGUUUUUGUAAUUUCAGAGGGCUCCGUUUAAUGAUCGCUCUUUACAAUGUGCAUUUUAUGGACGUUUUCAAGUGCACACAACUCUAGAUGACAGUGUUGUAAUCUGCUUCCCAAUUCCUUGAAUGCCAGCUUGGCUUCACGGUCAGUGCUCCCUGCCGGGCCUCCUCAUCCACAGCACCCUGGGAGCCCCCUCUGAGAACUGCACUGAGACAGUCCCUUCUGCUGUGAGGGGACGUACUAGCCUGCAUUUACACGGGGACCCGCAAGCAUUAGCCCUGUGCCCUCCGGGGGGAAUGACCCAUGGUGCCAGAAGUGCUUCUCUUACCUAGGAAGGUUCUCACUGACCGUCUCCAUGAUCGGAUGGACUGCCCACAUGAAACAAAAGUUAAGCAUGGCACUGUAUGGAAAGGAAAGGGCUGGGUCCUGUGCACAUUCCCACUGCCUGGGUGAACACGCAGCCCCCCAAGCAAUGACACACCGACCAGCCGCUAGAGAACCAGCCUGGGCUGACGGCCGCCGGCUCACUGCCUCUACCCCAUGGCCUGCAGGCCACGCACAGUGGUGAGGGACGGGGGUGGCACACCUGUGGUGCCAGGCUGCAGUCCCCCUUCAGCGGAAGCCACCCCCUGAUUGCCGGACUUGUCUUUUUCCCAUGUUCCAAAUGGUGUGCGCUUGAAACGAAUGUGUGCAUUUCAGCCGUUGAGGGAAACUGAAUACGUACACAUACGUAUUUACGGUUUACAUAGGUUUUGCUUACAUAUCACCUAGAAAAUCAAUCCGUUAGGUCACAUCCAUGUUUUUAUUUAAUUUAUAACCUCCAUCAUACACUAAGUUAAUACUGUGCAAAAUAAACACAUUUGGAAAUUGAUGUGAAAAUCCAGAACCCAUUCAUUGGAGCAGAAGUACGAAAAGUCCCAAAGAGGACGACUGUGGUGUUUGGAAACGAAAAGUCCCAAAGAGGACGACUGUGGUGUUUGGAAGGUGCUUCUCCCUUAUCUAGUGUUCACGAUUCGCCAAGUGUUGCGUGUUUUCCUGCUGUCUUCUGUGCCGUCCACGUAACGGGCAGGAAAGGCCCAGCUCCGGCUCCAAGCACAUGGGAAUUCUCUAGAAGUGUUCUGUAUCAGAGCCCACGGGAGAGCUGGCAAUGGCUGGAUUCCUCACAGGACAGUCUCAGGAAGCCCUGACCAUCCAUGAUGGGACUCCCAGGAGCAAAAAAUGGACGCAGCACGUCUGCAGCAGGAAGUUCAGUGAAGGUGAAAAUAUGGGACCCAUCGCUGAUGUGAUAAAAAGAAACGGUGCCAAAAUGCAUGUCCAGGAAAACCCCUAGUCGGUGUAACCGGGGGCUCACGGAGAGAAUGGUCACAGGCACAGUGCUGGCUUGGAAGAGCUCUCCUUUUCUCAAGCCCACCGUCCAGAAGCCAAGUUCUGCGGACAGUAGAAUUGGCCCUUGUCGAUUAGCAGAGUCUCUGCAGACACCCACAUCCCACUCCUUGCUCGUCCCCACGUCCACCUCCCAGUAGUGGCGGCCAGAGCGGAACCGAGGGGAGCCCAGGACGCACAGGGCAUAAUCGAAUCUCUCGGCUCGGGCCCUCCAGUUCUGUUUGGAAUACCCGCAGCGGACACUCCUCAGGUCCUCCGAAAUGAUGAGGUAGUGGUUGGCCGUGUCAACAUCCAGGCUCACCUCCCCUGCGGAGGGAAAACAAGCCAAUCAGCAAGCCCACGUGCUCGACAGCACUCUGCACAUCUGCGGCAAGGGCCCAAGUGUCUCGCCCGCCUUCUCACCCUGUGCUUCCUCCCUGAUCCGAAUUUCGCUGGGGAGACUUGCCUGGCCCCUGAUGAGGUCGAAGGUAGAGAGAGAAUGAGUGUAGUCAGAACUAGUCCCUCCGACCCUAACUAUUAGGUGUUCUCUUCACAUUAAGUUCUCUUAGAUUAAAGAUGCUUCUUCCUUUGGCACAAUUAUGCACGAAGAGACCAUGGUGCUGUUUGUUCUCAAAAUUAUUAUGCAAACUACCGCAUAUUCCAUCGACAUACAGGCACCAAAUGAAUAUGUGAAUGAUGGCAACUUUUUUACUUAGUGCAGAACAUUAAAUAUGGAAGUUUUGCACAUCUUUCUUACCAAUUACCUUCCUCGUUCACUGCUGUGAACAGGCAAAUGCAUCCCAGACCUUUGCUUCCUGAAGUUGGAAACACACAAAGAAGUGAGGCUGGGGGUCCUGAGAGGAGCCAGGUGAACUUUGGACAGUCCAGGCAGAGGAAGGGGCCCCAGGUACAUAAGUGGGGAUGUGCUGGGGUCUGGCAGCAAUGUAGACGCAGGGCAGUGCUCAGUGGGGUGGGGAGAUGGGGGCACAGGGACCGUGUGCUGCCGACACGCAGCUCCCCCUGAUCAGGAGACUGUCCUAAGGGGACCGUGUGGAUGGAACCAGGACAGCCUCAGAAAUAAACCCUGUGGGCCAAAGACCAGUUGUUUCACUUGGCGCCCUGUCACACAGCUCUUUGGAAGAUGCUCGAACUUUCUGACCACCACGCGGGACUGGACAAGACUUGUCACGUUUCUGGGACAGGGCUCACCAUCCCAAAUUCGAGUUGCAUGGAGCAAGAGUACACUCAGAACACAAAGCAACCCCUGUCCUUCACAGUGACACUGGACCGCAGUGCCCACCACAGCAUGCUGUUCACACCCCAUUCACACCAAGGGCCCCACAGCUCCUCAGGACCCAUCAGAGCAGAGCCGGGACAGCGCCAGAAAGAGCAAGGACCCGGCCCUGCUCCAGGGAGCCUGGCAUCCUGGCUUGAGCAGGUGCGGGUCAGGGACAGAAGCUGACUUUCUUGGAGACGGUUCCGAUCUAUACUUCCAGAACGGCUCUCAGCUGGGGCUCCAACUCCUUGAUCCUUGAAACCAGCCUCCCGAGUUGGGUACCGGGCCUGAGGUCCUUCUUCUGAGAGACCACGGAACAGGAGGGGCACGAGACACCCUCCCCGCCGGGCUCCCUCUGCAGUGAAUGGAUGCAGCGCAGGCAGCAGACGAAGCCACAUUUCAGGUACACGGGCGUCUCCAGAUUUCCAGGCUCACACUCCCAGGACAAGAUGUCUGAAUCCUUUUUUACGGACUUUGGCUUGCUGUGGUACCUGGAGGAGCUCAGAAAGGAAGAGUUCUGGAAAUUUAAGGAGCUCCUCAGACAAGAGCCUUUGCAACUUGACCUCAAGCCUAUCCCAUGGACUGAGUUAAAGAAGGCUUCACGAGAGGAUCUAGCGAAGUUGUUGGACAAGCAUUACCCAGGAAAGUGGGCAUGGGAGGUGACCCUGAACCUAUUUCUACAGAUCGAUCGGCGUGACCUCUGGACAAAGGCUCAAGAGGAGAUCAGAAAUAAACCAAACCCAUACAGAAAUCACAUGAAGGAAAAAUUCCGUCUCAUAUGGGAAAAGGAAACCUGCCUUCCGGUUCCCAGUGAUUUCUACAAAGAAAUCACAAAGCGUGAGUAUGAGAAGCUGUGUGCCGCAUAUCACGCCAGCCAGGCAGGCGAGCCCUCACCCACUGUGGUCUUGCAAGGCCCAGAAGGAAUCGGAAAAACAACGCUUUUGAGAAAAGUGAUGCUGGAAUGGGCAGAGGGGAACCUGUGGAAGGACAGAUUCACGUUUAUCUUCUUCCUCAAUGGCUGUGAAAUGAACGCUAUUACCGAGACCAGCUUAGUGGAGCUCAUCUCCAGGGACUGGCCUCCGUCUUCAGACCACAUCGAGGGCAUCUUUUCUCAGCCGGAGAGGAUCCUGUUCAUUAUGGAUAGCCUCGAGGAACUGAGAUUUGACUUGGAGCUUACAACUCAGUUGUGCGAUGACCAGAGGCAGCGACAGCCAACGCAGAUCAUCCUGAGUAGUUUGCUGCGGAAGAAAAUGCUUCCACAGUCUUCCCUGCUUAUCGCCUUAGGAACAGUGGGCAUGAGAAAAAAUUAUUUCCUGUUGCAGUGUCCAAAAUACAUAACCCUCUCAGGACUCUCUGAACACGAAAGGAAGCUGUAUUUCUACCAUUUCUUCCGCGAGAGGAGCAAAGCCCUGAAAGCCUUCAGUUUUGUGCGGGGCAAUGUGCCGCUCUUUCUCUUCUGUCAUAAUCCGCUCAUAUGCUGGCUGAUCUGUACCUGUGUGAAAUGGCAGCUGGAGAAAGGAGAAGACCUCAGGAUUGUGUCCGAAAGCACCACUUCUCUGUAUGCGUCCUUUUUUAUUAGUGUAUUCAAAUCAAGAAACGAGAACUGUCCACCGAAGCAGAGCAGAGCCCGUCUGAAAGGCCUGUGUACCUUGGCUGCAGAGGGAAUGUGGACUCGCGUGUUCGUGUUUGGCCGUGGGGACCUCCGGAGGAAUGGGGUGUCUGAGUCCGAUGCCUUGAUGUGGGUGAGCACGAGACUCCUUCAAAGGAACGGAGAAUGCUUUACCUUCACGCAUGUGUGCCUGCAACAGUUUUGUGCCUCCAUGUUCUAUCUGCUCAAAGAACCCAAGGACGGUGCUCACCCGGCCAUUGGAAGCGUGACCCAGCUGGUAACAGCAGGCGUGAGUCAGGUCCAGGGCCGCUUGUCCCAGAUGGUAACAUUCUUGUUUGCAUUUUCAACUGAAAAAAUAACCAACAUGCUGGAGACAUCCUUUGGUUUUCUCCUGUCCAAAGAGAUAAAGCAGGAAAUAAUCCAAUGUCUUAAAAGUUUGAGUGGGUGUAACCCCGAUCAGAAGGCGGUGAAUUUCCAGGAAUUGUUCAGCGCUUUGUUUGAGACCCAUGAGAAAGAGUUUGUAAAGCAAGUGAUGGAUUUCUUUGAGGAAGUCAGUAUUUAUAUUGGUAACACGGAAGACUUGGUGAUAUCUGCAUUCUGCCUAAAACAUUGCCAAAAUCUGCAGAAACUUCACCUGUGUAUAGAAAAUGUCUUCUCAGAUGACUCUGAAUCCAGCACAAAUCUCAGUAAGAAGCUCUCCUUCUGGCAAGACCUUUGCUCUGCGUUCACCACCAGCAAGAACUUCCAGAUGUUAGAUUUGGACAACUGUACUUUCAGUGAGGCCUCCCUGGCGAUUCUCUGUAAAGCUCUGGCUCAGCCCGUUUGUAAACUCGAAAAGUUCAUGUACAAUUUUGCUUCUCACCUUGGAAGUGGCCCCUACUUGCAUAAGGCCGUUCUUCAUAACCCUCAUCUGAAACACCUGAACCUGCACGGCACGAGCCUGUCCCACGCAGACGUCGGGCAGCUGUGUGAGAUGCUGAGGCACCCCAGGUGCAGCGUAGAAGAGCUGAUGUUGGGAAUGUGUGAUGUCACAACAGAAGCUUGUGAAGACAUUGCCUCCGUCCUUGUCUGCAACAAGAAGCUGAAGCUUCUCUCCCUGGUAGAAAACCCCCUGAGGAACGAAGGCAUGCUGCUACUGUGUGACGCCCUGAAGCAUCCAGACUGUGUGCUGGAGAGACUGCUGCUGAUGUGCUGUUGCCUUACCUCUGUGGCCUGUGACUACCUCUCCGAAGCCCUUCUGUGCAACACAUCCCUGUCCUUUCUCGAUCUGGGGUCAAAUUUCCUGGAAGAUAAAGGAGUGGCAUCUCUUUGUGAGACACUGAAGCACCCACAUUGCAACAUCGAGCAGUUGGGGCUGGAGGAUUGUUACCUCACUUCUGUCUGUUGUAAGGACCUCUCUGCUGUUCUUGUUGGCAAUGAAAAACUGAAGACCCUGAAACUAGGGAGCAAUGACAUCCAAGACGUGGGUGUCGAGCAGUUAUGUGAAGCUCUGAAACAUCCAGACUGCAAAGUAGAGAAUCUGGGGCUGGAAAUGUGUCAGCUCACCAGUGCCUGCUGCGGGGCCCUGGCCUCGGCUCUGUCUGUCUGCAGGUCCCUGAAGAGCCUCAAUCUGGACUGGAUCGGCUUGGACCGUGCCGGGGCGCUGGUGCUCUGUGAAGCCCUGAGCCACCCGGACUGUGCCCUGCGGCAGCUCGGGCUGCGCAAAUCUCCUUUUGACAAGGAUAUCCAGAUGCUGCUCACAGCUGUGGAAGAGAACAAUCCCCGCCUGACCAUUUCCCACCUACUCUGGGUCAGUGAAGAGUAUAGGAUUAGGGGUGUGCCCACCUGAUGGGGGAACACCUCGAGUCGUCUACUCCCAAAGGCUUCUCCCUGGUCACAGUGGGCCUUCUCCUCCCAGCACACCCGGUCCUGAAAACUGUACUUCAUGGCGGUGGGGGCUGUGAUUUCAGGCCUGUCCCUUUACGGUGUCCCGGCGGUAUAGCUGCGGAUGUGCCAUCCGUGCCUAACCCCCCGCCCCGUCCCCACCUUUAAACUUCCCGUCUUACCUUGUGAGAGUUAGAGGAAUACAUUAAAUGGAUGAACACUUUGGAAAGCAUGACUUUAGUUUCUUAGUGAGUGUCUUGGGAUGUGGGAGCUUGGAUUUGAAGGAACCACAAUCCUUUGACAAU